AUGCAUAGGCAACUUGGUUUCAGCUAUGCAAUUCUACAAGACAGUUACGCGGCCGGCUCAGCAACACUUUGUGUUGGAGCGUUAUUUUUCAUUCCUAUUGCGUUGAAAUUUGGUCGACGCAUCGUUUAUCUCAUUAGCCUUUUCCUUCAAUUCUUCGUUUCCAUUUGGGCUGCAAAACUUGAGACAGUCGCAGAUCUUGUCCUAGUCAACGCGUUUAACUGCUUACUUGGCGCACUUGCAGAAGCCAUCGUUCAAAUGACAAUUGCAGAUAUCUUCUUUGUUCAUCAAAGGGGCAGAAUGAACUCGGUCUAUGUCUGGGUCAUGAUAGUCGGAUGUUCACUUGCCCCUCUAGUGGCUGGGUUUAUUUCUAAUUCCGAAGGUUGGAGAUGGGUUUGGUGGUGGAUGUCAAUUCUCUUUGGGACCUGCUUGAUUCUCUUUCUGUUCUUCUACGAAGAGACUAAAUUUGUCGACUCGAUGACAGGGGUUACUUUAACAAGAUCCUCGAUUCAGUUAAACCCCACACCCACACCCGCUGACAUGGACAAGGACAAAUAUAAUGAUGAUGUGGAUCUCGAAGAAGGGAUGAAAUCAGAAUUGACUCCUGAGGCAAGGAUGGAUGAAACGAAACGUCCCAAUUUCACACAAAAUAUGACAGAAAUCGACAUCGACCCUAACAUCCCGCGAAAAAGCUAUCAUGAGCGUUUAAAACCAUGGAUAUCUUUUCCUGGACCGGUUAAAGGUUACGUGCGGCAUGCAUAUCAGCCUCUCAUUGUGAUAGUACAAUUUCCAGCGGCCUUGUACGUGUCUGUGCUAUAUGGACUAAUCACUGCCGCAUGGCAGGCAAUGAUUACUGUCAUUUCUUCCGUUAUGGCAGAAGCACCCUACAAUUUUAAUGCAGCACAAGUCGGUCUCAUGUCACUAGCUCCGUUUAUCGGCAACACUAUUGGGAGCCUGAUAUAUGGAACAUUCAGCGAUUGGUUAGCCCUGAGACAAGCAAAAAAGAACAGUGGAAUUUUCGAGCCUGAGAUGCGUUUGUGGACUGUCCUUGGGGCUACACCUUUUGCGCCGGCUGGUAUACUGAUAUUUGGGUAUGCCCUUGGAAAUGGAGCGCCAUGGAUUGUCGUUGCAGUUGGUUAUGCAAUAUAUGGCUUUGGCAUGGCUCCUGUGAGCAGUUCGGCGCUGACGUAUCUCACUGAUGCGUAUACCAAUAUCGUUGCCGACUCUCUCGUCGGAGUGACUUUUAUUCGGAAUCUUCUAGCGACUGUCUUAGUCUUUGCUCUCACGCCCUGGAUUGAGGCUGUGGGGAUAUCAAAUGUCUUCUUGACCCUCUCACUUUUAUCUCUCGCAGUGCUCGUUCCGGGUACCUUAUUUUUCCUUUACUUUGGCAAGAGGUUGCGAAUAAGAACUGCCUCAAGCUAUCGCCAUUAUUCAACCGUUCAAUUUGAGAACAGAAGUACAUGA